CGGAAAAGUCUAAAGCGUCCUGCUCUUUUUUUUUCCUGCUAUAUAAACGGCGAAUGCUUGCGGGAUUGGGGCUUCCUUAGGUGCAGCAGCUCAAGCCUGGGCGCUAAUUCACUGUCAAAUCGCCGAGCAAAACUCGAGCAGCCUAUUGAAUUAUACCGGGCUCCACAAGAACUUUAUCAUCUUCUCGUCUCUCUGCCACACCAAGGUUCCCUACAACCCCCAACGACACUCUUCGCGGAUUAUUAUAAUCGCGAGGAGUCGCAAAAGCCAGAUAGUAAGCAAAACACAACGGACAGGAUGGGAAAGGGAAAGCGCCAGAGGGAGGACGUGGUAUCGCCGUCGUCAGCGGCCCCCCGAUGCGCCUCAGGCCCGCCUCGGCUCACCAGCAAGGCGGCGCGCAACCUCCUGCACGGGUUCGACGUCGACGGUGACGAGUCCAUGGAGUUCCUGACGUCGCUGAUCGCGUCCGAGACGGCGCCCCGCGGGGCCGUCGACGAGCUCUACGGCACCGGCCUGAUGGCGGCCGCCGAGGACUGGGAUCUCAUGCUGUGGUGCGCCGUCGCCAUGAAUAAGCAGCAGCAGCUGCUGCUGCGAGGGGACUUUUGCCGCGGCAUCGGCGACGACCGGCUGCUGCAGGGGAACAGCAACAUACACCUCUUUGCGUGCCUGGACGGGCUCCUCGGUGGAGAGCCGAGCUGCCUGCCGGAGGGUUCGCCGAUCGUCGUGAAAAAGGAGGCGCAAAGGAACUGGAAGCCGAGGGGAUCACGAACAAUAAAGCAAAAUGAUCCAGCACAGUCGCCCUACUGGACCGACGAACCGCAGCCCGUGGCCGAACCGCAGCCCAUGGCCGAACCGCAGCCCAAGAGGAUCAAGGUCGAGAUCAAGCGCGAGUUCGGCAAGCCCGAUGCCGCGCCUGACGGCAGCCCCAACGACACUGCACCAUCUGAGCCACCACAGGAGGCCACGAAAGAGAGCGACCUGAACCGAAACAAGCCAGCCUCGCCAUCGAAGUCGCCACCACCACCACCGCCGCCAACUACUCCCAGCGCCAAGAAGCGGGGAACGACAUCUCGACACUUUUGCGGCAGCAGCCCGACACUAGCAUCAGCAGCAUCAGCACGGCCCGUCGUCGGUCAGCAGACCGUGCUGCUCCAGGGCGACUCCGCCCCGAAGCAAGGCAUCACCCCGCGCCCACCAGGGGGGGCGGUGUCGGGCCUCCCGUUCCCGCCGCUCACGGCGGCGCGAUUCGGGCUGAUACAGGAAGAGGUCGCGCACGACCCGUUCCGGCUCCUGGUGGCGGUGCGGCUGCUGGUCAAGACGGCCGGGCGCGCCGCCAUACCCGUCUUUAGGGCGCUGUCGGACCGGUACCCGGCGGGCGCCGCUGACGUGGCGGCCGCCGACCCGGACGAGCUGCUGGGAAUGAUCCGCCACCUCGGCCUGGGCACCGUCCGGCGCCGGGCCAUACUGCGGCUCGCGCGCGCGUGGCUGCGCGACCCGCCGUCGAGGGGCGUGCGGUACGGCGUCAAGAACUACCCGCGGCGCGGGGACGGUGCGGACGUGAGGCUGGGUGAGAGGUUCGGGCCCGAGUAUGAUGAGCACGAUGAAGGGGAUGGCGAUGGCGAUGACGACGGAGAUGGCGAAGCGGCAGCUAGCCGCGGCGCGGGCUCGGCGUGGGAGAUUGGGCACAUGACGCAGGGCCCGUACGCGCUCGACUCGUGGCGCAUCUUCUGCCGCGACGAGCUCCUGGGUCGGGCGGCGGGCAAGGAGGAAGAGGAGAAGAGUUGUUCGUCGUUCCAGCCCGAGUGGAUGCGCGUGCGGCCGGCGGACAAGGAGCUGCGCGCCUACCUGCGCUGGAUGUGGAUGCGCGAGGGCUGGGACUGGGACCCCGACACGGGCGAGCGCGAGGUGCUGGCCGAGGAGCUGAGGAGGGCCGUGGACGAGGGGCGGGUCGGGUACGACGACCUCGGGCGGCUUCGUAUUGUUUCAUGAGUUUUUUUUCUUCUUUGCUCAAGCUGUCUCUCGCCUGCCUUGGGGUCUGGUCACGAGCCUAACCUUUCUCUCCAUGGCGUGCGUGGUCUCGAGACAGUGCUUGCCGCUAUUGCGUCGCACCGAAUUUGGGCUUGGAGACACAACCCCUUUUUGUGUCGGCAAACCAACCUUUUUGUCUUUUUAGAGUAGCG